AUGGCGUCUACUGUAGCAGUACCCGCUGCUGAUAAAGUCACCAAGCACAGAGCGUGUGACGAAUGCCGAUCCCGCAAACUCGCCUGCUCCAAAGAACCCGACGGCUGCGCCCGUUGCAAAAAGGAGGGAAUAACAUGCUACUACUCGCCCCAGAAGCAGAUGGGUCGGCCCCGAAAGAGACGCCAUAUAGACGCCGAGGAAGAAGAUGUCACUGCUGCUGUGUCAGCUUCUCAGCCGCAACCUCAAGAACAGUCUUUGCCCUUCCUCCAGCCCGCUGACGAUAUAUCUUACCCUCAGCUUCAAGAUACAUUGCCGGGUGGAGACUUUCUUGAUACUCUAAACUUCUUAGAUGACCCUGUUUCUACAGACAUCAAUACCUGGGACUUGUUACCCAACUACAACGAUGCUCUUCCAUUCGACCCUCAGAUCUUUGACCAUGAUGGGUCCUUCAUGGAAAACAACUCCGCUUUACCAGCGCUGAAUCUAAGCGGCGUCGAUCUUUUGGGUACCAUCAACUUUGGAGAUACAGACAUUUCCCAAGACACCGUCUCAAAAGAUCUAAGCCACACACUCCAUCGAUACCUGACUGAUCAGAUCGAACCGCCAAACGCCGAAUCACAUCAAGCUUCGGACAGUUCAACACCGCCAGACUCUAGCGACAAUGGAGCUUCUGUUAAUUCCCCCGGUGACACUGCCAGUUCACCAAACCCCUCAAUGCGGUCUAUUCCCACAGUAUCUUGCAGUUGUCUAUCAACACUAUUCUUCGCUCUCGAAUCCCUAGGAAACUUACCCAACGAGGUCAUUCCCGCCAUGAAAGUCGCCCGAAACGCUUCCAAGGUUGCUCACGACGUUAUCAAGUGCACCAUUUGCUUAGACUGCAUGCUGGACGAGCCUCUCAAACCACCUCCCAUCCAAGCCUUCCAGAACCUCAUGCUUCUCGGUACUCUGGUUCCAUCAGCAUGUAAUGCCUAUGCUCGAAUCCUAGAAAUGGUAGAUGAAGAAACAGUCCGUGCAAAGAAAGAAGGCCGGACGUUCUGGUUUGCCUUCAAAGAUAUUGGUGGAUUAUGGGGUUGCGUUGGAGAAACGUCAGACAGCUGCACGGCUUACCAAACGUACAACAACAAAACAAUGCCACCAGACUUGUGGAGACUAACCAUCCGCGGUCUUCUCCGUCUGGACGUCUAUGGACUUAAUGAGAAAGAUCAUGAAAUCCCGGGAGCUGCGUCGUAUCGACAACUAGGUCUUAAGGAUGUGGUGGACACGCUGGAGGAGCGAAGCAGACAGAGGCAUGCACUCUUGGACUCACGGACAGCCGCAGGACAUAACCAUGACCAUAUCUCUGGAGUCAUCUAUCCGUCGAAACCGGUUGCUCCGUCAGAACGCAAUUGUACUAGAGUUCUCGAGACGGCUCGCAUAGCACUGGAGAAUCUCGUUAUUGCAUAA